AUGAAGAUUCCAUCCUUCCAAGGAAGAAAUGAUCCUGAAGCUUAUUUGGAGUGGGAGAAGAAGAUUGAGUUGGUGUUUGAUUGUCACAACUAUUCUGAGUUGAAAAAGGUAAAGAGAAGAAAUGGUGAAAGACCUAUUGAGACUUGGGAGGAAUUGAAAGCUAUUAUGAGAAGAAGAUUCAUUCCAAGUCACUACUACAAAGACUUAUUUCAAAAGCUGCAAAGCCUCACUCAAGGGUCUAGAAGUGUUGAAGAUUACCACAAGGUGAUGGAGAUAUCCAUGAUUAGGGCUAAUGUGGAGGAGGAUCGAGAAGCUACUAUGGCCAGGUUCUUAGCUGGUUUAAAUCGUGACAUUGCAAAUGUGGUGGAACUACAACAUUAUGUUGAGUUGGAUGACAUGCUGCAUAUGGCCAUAAAAGUGGAGCGUCAACUGAAAAGGAAAGGUUCCACAAAGAUAGGUCAAAGUUCUGGUUCUUCUUCAACAUGGAAUCAAAAUUGGAGCAAGAAGGGUGACAAACCACAUUCCAAGAACAAUGCUGAUCCUAAAGAAAAUGAAAAUAGAGGAACCCAUAACAAAGGUAAAACUAAUUCCCAAACUUCUAGAAAUAGAGAUGUUAAAUUCUUUAAAUGUUUGGGAAGGGGCCAUAUUGCUAGUAAGUGUCCAAAUAAAAGAGUGAUGAUUUUGAAAGAAAAUGGUGAUGUUGAGACCGAUGGUGAAUCAGAUAAUGAAUCUAUGCCACCAUUAGAGGAUGCAAGUGAUGUUGAGUAUCCAGUUGAAAGGGAGCUUUUGGUUGCAAGGAGAGCUCUAAAGGUACAAGUCAAGGAAGAUGAGGGGCUACAGCGUGAAAAUAUUUUUCAUACCAGAUGCCAUGUCAAUGAGAAGGUAUGUAGCAUGAUUAUUGAUGGUGGAAUUUGUACUAAUGUGGUUAGCACUAGUUUGGUGCAAAAAUUGAAUUUACCAACUUUGAAACAUCCUAAGCCAUACAAGUUGCAAUGGUUGAAUGAUUGUGGAGAAGGUAAGGUGAACAAGCAAGUUUUGGUGUCAUUCUCAAUUGGAAAAUACAAAGAUCAGGUUUUAUGUGAUGUGGUUCCAACGCAUGCAGGGCAUAUUCUUUUGGGAAGGCCAUGGCAAUUUGACAGACAUGUUAGCCACGAUGGUUAUUCUAAUAGAUACUCAUUUGUAUUCAAUGAAAGACCAAUCACUCUUGUACCAUUAACUCCGAAACAAGUGUACGAAGAUCAAGUGAAGUUAAAAAAAGAGAAUGAGAAUACAAAGACAAGAGAGGACUUUGAUGAUAUAUUUCCUGAACAGGUUCCUAAUGGUUUACCGCCAAUAAGGGGAAUCGAGCAUCAAAUUGAUUUUAUACGUGGAGCGUCAAUCCCAAAUAGGCCAGCCUAUAGGAGCAAUCCUGAGGAAACAAAAGAGCUUCAAAGGCAAGUUGCUAAGCUCAUGGAGAAGGGGCAUGUGCGUGAAAGCAUGGGUCCUUGUGCGGUACCGGUGUUGCUUGUUCCGAAGAAAGAUAGAUCAUGGAGGAUUGCCAAGGGAAUUGAGGUGGAUGAAGAAAAGGUGAGUGCAAUUCGAGACUGGCCGAGACCAACAAAUGUGGGUAAUGUUAGAAGUUUCCAUGGGUUGGCUAGUUUUUAUCGUAGAUUUGUGAAAGAUUUCAGUAGCUUAGCUACACCUUUGACUGAAGUUAUUAAAAAGAAUGUUGGUUUUAAGUGGGGUGAUGACCAAGAGAAGGCAUUUAAUUUAAUUAAAGAAAAAUUGACUAAUGCACCUUUACUUGCUUUACCUAACUUCACUAAAACUUUUAAGAUUGAGUGUGAUGCUUCAGGAAUAGGUAUUGGAGCAGUUCUAAUGCAGGAGAGUCGUCCUAUUGCAUACUUUAGUGAAAAAUUAAGUGGAGCAGCCUUAAACUGUCCAACUUAUGAGAAUGAGAUAAGACAUGCCAAGUGGGUUGAGUUCAUUGAAACGUUUCCUUAUGUCAUCAAGUACAAGCAAGGUAAGGAAAACAUUGUGGCUGAUGCUUUAUCUCGAAGGUAUGUUUUACUCUCUACCUUAGAUGCGGAAUUGCUUGGUUUUGAAUACAUUAAAGAUUUGUAUGUUGAUGAUUGUGACUUUUCUAAUGUAUUCAAUGCGUGUGAAAAAGAAGCUUUUGGAAAAUUCUUUAGGCAUGAUGGGUUUUUGUUUAAAGAAAAUAAGCUAUGUGUGCCUAAAAGUUCAUUGCAUGACUUGCUCGUUAAAGAAUCUCAUGGGGGUGGUUUGAUGGGGCAUUUUAGUGUAUCUAAGACAUUAGAAAUCUUGCAUGAACAUUUUUUUUGGCCUAAUAUGAAAAGAGAUGUUGAAAGAGUUUGUGAGAAGUGUAUUGCAUGUAGAAAAGCUAAUUCUCAGGUCAAGCCACAUGGUUUGUAUACUAAUUUGCCUAUUCCUAGUAAACCUUGGAUUGACAUAUCUAUGGACUUUGUUUUAGGUUUACCUAGGUCUAGAAAGGGUAGUGAUUCUAUAUAUGUGAUUGUAGAUAGGUUUUCAAAAUUGGCACAUUUCAUUCCAUGUCAUAAAACUAAUGAUGCAUCACAUAUUGCUGAUUUGUUUUUCAUGGAAACUAACUUGAAAACAUGGGAAGAUUGCUUGCCACAUGUAGAGUUUUCAUAUAAUAGGAGUGUAUAUUGUCCAACUAAGUUUUCACCUUUUGAAAUUGUGUAUGAUUGUAAUCAAUUGACACCUUUGGAUUUAACACCAUUGCCUUUGACUGAGCGUGUUAACUUAGAUGGAAAAAAGAAAGCUGAUUUUGUUAGACAGAUUCAUGAGAAGGUUCGACAGAACAUUGAGAAGAGGACUGAACAAUAUGCAGCCCAAGCUAAUAAAGGGCAAAAGAAAGUUGUAUUUGAACCUGGUGAAGAUUUGAUAACAAAUCCUUUUCAAGAGGGAGGGAAUGAUGAGAACAAAGGAGCAACACUAAAAGAGUCAUUGAAAGUUCCAAUUGGGCCAAUUACAAGAGCAAGAAGGUUCAAAGAAGCACUUAAUGGGCUAAUCCAAGAUAUAUGGGCUGCUUAUGGAAAGAUAAAGUCAUAA